AUGACCGAGAGGCUUGUCAACCAGAAUAUUUACGACGAAAUAACGCAGGAUUUUAGAUAUUGGGAAGACGCGAGCGAUGAGUAUCGUCAGCUAGAAGGAUCUCUUCUGCCGCUGUGGAGGUUCUCCUGCGACAAGUCCCGCUCUCUCGUGGUGUCUGCGCUCUCUUGGAACCCCGCUCGCCAAGAUCUUUUCGCCGCCUCUUACACGCCAGAGAGGAUGCUGGUGACCCCCCGAGGCGUCAUGUCAGUACAGUUCCACCCUUCUCAUGAGAGCAUGUUGGUGGCGGGUCACAGCGACGGGACGGUGACGGUGUACGAUGCGAGAAACGCGUCUCCCGGGCAGCUCUCCUCCUCCACCACGUCCGGCAAGCACCUUCUGCCUGUCAUGCAGGUGCGUUGGAUCACGACAGAGCCCGGAGAAAACAUGAGCUUUUACUCAGUAUCUCAAGAUGGUCGAGUGUCUCAGUGGUUUGUUCGGACUACUUCCCUUAAGUACGAAGACGUAUUGAAUUUCAAUACGGCGCAGCAGACAAAGGAUCAUGUGGCUUCCUCAAAUAAAAUAGAUUUAGAGGGUACUGCUACGUGCAUAGCCCUAAGCCCUGAGCGUAAGGACGUGCUGCUCUUUGGUGUCGACACGGGCGCCUUGUUCCAGGUAUGUACUUCCGACACCGCCCACGCUAUCACCCGCUAUCGCGCUCAUCUUAGUCCAGUCACAGCCGUCGCGUGGAACAAUGUUCACACGAAGGUCUUUGCAAGUUGCGCUUUAGACUGGACAGUCAAGAUUUGGCUACAGUACCAUCUGUCGGCUCUGAUGACGCUUGACCUUGGCGGCCCUGUCAUGGAACUAGACUGGUCCCCUUCGAGCAGCACUUUGGUCGUAGCUGUCACUGAUGAGGGCAGGGUGUUCGUGUACGACUUGUUCUUUCGGAAAUAUCACCCCCUAUGCGUGCAGAACCUUCUCCAAAGACGACGAUCGAGCCUGACCUGCGUGGCGUUCAACCCUUCUCAGCCGAUCGUAUUGGUUGGCGGGGAGAAGUACGUAUAG